AAGAUUGCCGAAGAUCGAACAGCUGUGUUGUCAUUUAAAAACAGAACAACAAACACACCUUGUGAUUGUUCUUUGUGUAGUGUUUAAUUUUACGUUUAAUAUCGACUAGCUGCGCGGAUAGGACGCACUCUAUCGAUAAAGCAACAUAUCUUCCAACUGAAUCGCUUGUAGUGCGCGUUUUUUUUAUACUUUACCUUUGAUACCCCGCCUCUGUGGUCCAGUGCAGCUAAACAAUCAUGUCGGUAGAUAAAUUUGAUCUUCAAAAGGUGCACGCAAAGUUCACUGAAAGUCUCGUUGGAGAAGAUGAUGUCUACGUGGACCAAUAUCUGGAAGCAUUCAAGGAACUGUACAAAUUUUUCCAGCUGAUGGGGACGGUGUUCGGAUUCGUGAGCAGUGACGUCAAGGAGAAGGUGGAAAUUCUAGAGAAGCUACGGUCGAAGGAAAAUGCGGACAGCUUUCUCACCAUCCGCACCAUGAUGGAGUACGAGCAGGAGUCAAAUUUGCUCAAUAAGAAAGAUUACGUAUCCGGUAGUCGAACAUUGCUAAGGCUUCACCGAGGUUUGGAUUUUAUACAAGAGUUUUUGAAACGUCUCGGCGAGCUAGAAGGUGAUGGGAAAACGAAUGGCGUUUGCCAAGCCGCAUACAAUGACACACUUGCUCAAUUUCACCCGUGGCUCAUUAGAAAGGGAGCUACCGUAGCCAUGUAUGCACUUCCAACGCGGGACCAACUGCUCGACAAAGUUUGUGCGGAUGUGGCCAUUGCGAUGAAGCUGCUGCCAGAAAUGUUAUCCGUCACCCGGAACGUAUACGAUCGCACACAAGAGCUUUACACAAAGUAUGAUCUCCAUGGAUUACCGUGAGGAGGAUAUAUAGCUUAACACACCACACAAAAAGACGAUCGAACGUUGGCUAAAAAUUACGCUUAUAGAGUGUAUCUUAUGAGUUAUCGCUUUUAAUUUGUGUUUUUUAACAUUUUUUUAUUUGUUCCAUGUCGUGACGUGAGCGAAUUGUGAGUGAAAUAUGUAAGGGAUACAACCAAAUAGCUAAUUAUUAUAGGGGUUUGAGUUUAUAGUUGUACUUCGCCUAGAAGUUUGUUUUAAAUUACGCGAAGUAUUAGACCAGCUUGGCGCAAGUAGUGAUAUUAAGUUCAAGCAGGCUUGAUCUUGAGAUGCGUUAGAUGGUGUUCGCUUAGCAUAGUGUCGGUCAUAUCUCAACCAUUUCCCGUUGAAAGGUGCUACGUGUGUUAUACCUGUAUAAGCUCAAUGUUUUACUGGCAAGGUUCAUUUUAAACCAAUGAGCUCAUGAUGCAUACAUGAUCAGCUGCAAACGCUGUGAGCUGUAUACAAUUGUAAUACAACUUGCUCAAUUUUCUGUACGAAAUAGGCAAGAAGUGAUACGUAUUGAAAUCAAAACAAAAACCAAACAACCCCUCCUCCCCACGCCACACAUUCCACUGGUAUUAGUCACCCCGAUGCAGCUCAUGUAUUUUCGGACAGAAUGGAGAAGAAUAGAAUGAUUUAGCUUUCUCGUGAAUAAACAUGUUGUGACAAUACA